GGCUGAAGCGUUCAGAGAAUCUGUCCAGGUAGACGAACCGUCAGGUUAUAGGGAAACCUGGGUCUGAGGAGCCAAGAUCAAUCGUGCGGGUGCAUAUAAUGCACUGGAGUCAUCAGGCGGGAAAAUGUAUGUGAGUUACCUCUUAGAGAAGGACACCAGCAUGUACCCAAAUUCCGUGAGACACCCAAGCCUAAACCUGAACCCUCCGAAUUUUGUCACCGCACCUCCACAGUAUCCGGACUUCACUGGAUACCAUCACGUCCCUGGGAUUACCAACGAGCCUCACCACAGCCAAACCGGAGGCUGGAACCCCGCGUACCCUCCUCCGAGAGAGGAAUGGACACCUUAUGGCACAGGAACCGGACCUUCGGCUUCGGGCACGGGUCAGCUGGGCUUCAGUCCUCCGGAGUUUUCGUCUGUCCAAGCGUCAGGCCUUCUUCCAUCGUCCAUAAACUCGUCAGUCGGUCAGCUGUCGCCGAACUCGCAGAGACGGAACCCGUACGACUGGAUGCGUCGGAGCGCGCCCCCGUCAAACUCAGGAGGAAAGACCAGAACAAAAGAUAAAUACCGGGUAGUGUACACGGACCAUCAGCGUCUGGAGCUGGAGAAAGAGUUUCAUUACAGUCGCUACAUCACGAUAAGAAGAAAAGCAGAGCUGGCGACAACACUCAGUCUGUCAGAGAGACAGGUGAAGAUCUGGUUCCAGAACCGGCGUGCAAAAGAGAGGAAAGUCAAUAAAAAGAAGAUGCAACAGCCUCAGCCAGCGUCCACAACCACACCGACCCCACCUGGAUCAUCUCUCCCGGGCAACGUGUCCAUGGUCACCAGUAGCAGCGGCGGACUGGUCUCGCCGCCCAUGCCAAUGAAUAUCAAAGAAGAGUACUGAAGAGAGACUUUGACUGUUAAUAUUUUUAUACUGCCCUUUCACACUUAGACAUACACAUGGUACUUUAAAAUCAACACAUCUUUGCUGUGAUGAAAAAGAAACUGUGACGAACGUGACAAAAGACUGUCUGAUGGGGGUUUAACAAAAAGUCGUCAACUACCAUUCCAAAGUAAAAUGAAGCAACGUAAACCUGAAAGGUUGUGUAAUAUUUCUCUGGCCGUGUUGGUUUCUUUGUUUUAGUACUUUAUUACCGCUGUUGUUUUGUUCAUCAUUGUAAACGUUAAGAUUUUUUGAGAUUAUGAAACGGAAUUAAAAUAAUUGUGUAUUUCUAAAGUAAUUUGUAUUAAUAAAAUAAAUGUUUUAUCGUGGCAAAUCGAUUCAUUUCAGACUUGCCAAGGA